AUGUCGGAGACGGAGAGCGGUGCUGCAGAUGCAGUUUCCACAUCUGCUUACUCAUCACCAGCCAAAAGUUUGGGAGACCCUGGAAUAACUCCACUGUCUCCAUCACAUAUUGUGAAGGACUCUGAUGCAGAUGAUGCUGUAGAACAGUUAUUUCUUGUUGUUGUGGCUAUUGAUUUUGGCACAACAUCCAGUGGCUACGCCUACAGCUUCACCAAGGAACCAGAAUGUAUUCAUGUAAUGAGACGAUGGGAAGGUGGAGAUCCAGGUGUAUCCAGUCAGAAGACACCAACCACUAUCCUCCUAACACCAGAGAGAAAGUUUCAUAGCUUUGGGUAUGCAGCAAGAGAUUUCUACCAUGACUUGGAUCCCACUGAAUCAAAGCACUGGUUGUAUUUUGAAAAGUUUAAGAUGAAGCUACAUACCACUGGUAAUCUCACCAUGGAGACAGACCUGACAGCUGCAAAUGGCAAAAAAGUCAAAGCACUUGAGAUAUUUGCUUAUGCUCUGCAAUUCUUUAAGGAACAGGCAUUAAAGGAGCUCAGUGACCAAGGAGGCUCCGACUUUGAAAACACUGAAGUAAGAUGGGUCAUUACAGUGCCUGCUAUUUGGAAGCAGCCUGCAAAGCAGUUCAUGAGACAAGCAGCCUACAAGGCAGGAAUGGCAUCUCCUGAAAAUCCUGAGCAGUUGAUCAUUGCCCUGGAACCUGAGGCUGCCUCUAUCUACUGCCGAAAGCUCCGCCUGCACCAGAUGAUAGACCUGAGUAGUAGGGCGCCUGUCAAUGGUUAUAGCCCAAGUGACACUAUUGGAACUGGAUUUACACAGGCUAAGGAACAUGUCCGUCGUAAUCGCCAGAGUCGUACCUUUUUGGUGGAAAAUGUCAUAGGAGAGAUCUGGUCCGAACUGGAGGAAGGUGACCGUUACAUCGUUGUUGACAGUGGAGGAGGCACAGUAGAUAUGACUGUCCAUCAGAUCAGGCUCCCUGAAGGACAUCUUAAGGAGCUAUACAAGGCAACAGGUGGGCCAUAUGGUUCUCUAGGUGUGGACUAUGAAUUUGAAAAGCUCCUGUGUAAAAUAUUUGGAGAAGAUUUUAUUGAGCAAUUUAAAAUCAAACGUCCUGCUGCCUGGGUAGAUCUGAUGAUAGCAUUUGAGUCCCGUAAACGGGCAGCAGCUCCAGACAGGACCAAUCCACUAAACAUCACUCUGCCUUUCUCCUUCAUUGACUAUUACAAGAAGUUUCGAGGUCACAGUGUAGAACAUGCCUUGAGGAAAAGCAAUGUGGACUUUGUGAAGUGGUCCUCCCAGGGAAUGUUGAGGAUGAGCCCGGAUGCAAUGAAUGCUCUUUUCAAGCCUACAAUUGACCAGAUCAUUCAGCACCUUAGUGAUGUGUUUGAUAAGCCAGAAGUGACCAAUGUCAAGUUUCUGUUCCUGGUGGGUGGCUUCGCUGAAUCCCCCUUACUCCAACAAGCUGUUCAGACCGCUUUUGGUUCGAGAUGUCGAGUCAUCAUUCCUCAGGAUGUGGGGCUCACUAUCCUCAAAGGAGCUGUUCUCUUUGGUCUAGACCCUGCUGUCAUCAAAGUGCGGCGUUCACCUCUCACCUACGGUGUGGGUGUGCUCAAUCGGUUUGUGGAAGGGAAGCAUCCACCAGAGAAGCUUCUAAUCAAAGAUGGCACACGCUGGUGCACUGAUGUCUUUGACAAAUUUAUCUCAGCUGACCAAUCUGUAGCCCUUGGAGAAACUGUGACACGCAGUUACACACCUGCCAAACCUUCUCAGUUAGUAAUAGUGAUCAAUAUCUAUAGCUCAGAACAAGAUAAUGUUAGCUUCAUCACCGAAUCUGGAGUGAAAAAGUGUGGCACCCUUCGCUUGGAUCUCACAGGAACUGAUGCUUCAGUGCCAAACCGGCGGGAGAUCAAAACACUUAUGCAGUUUGGGGACACUGAAAUCAAAGCCAUGGCCAUUGAUGUUGCCACCUCUAAAAGUGUCAAAGUUGGUAUUGAUUUCUUAAACUACUAACAGCCCAUUUUCCCCACCACAGCCUGUUUGUGAGACUGAUCUUCCACUAUUCCAUUUUUUGACUUUCAUAUAUCAUGUAAUCAACUUGAAUUUCAGCAGGCUACAUGAGAACAGCUAGUAAGGUGGGGUAUGUCAUGUCUGUGCCCUUUGAUGACCAAAGGCUGGAUUUUGAAAGACCCUUAAAAAGUUUUAGGAGCAAAAGUUCCAGAGGUAGUAAAAGUUCCCAAGUUACUCAAGCAUGCUUAAAGAUCUGCCUUUAUUAAGUACUGAUUAUUGUUGGGUCCUGAAGAUUAGUUAAAACCAUAUAAAAUCAUAAUCUCUUUGCCUUGUUCUUCUUCUUCUUCUUCCUCUUCCUCCUAAGAAAAACUCACUAACCCACUUGGUUGUUGUAGGGGCGUAUCUGUGUGGGGUAUCUGUUUAAACAGCACCAUCCUCUGGCAAU